AUGGGGCACAAAGUAGCUCUGUUGGCAGACGCCAUUGCUGACAGCUUGUUGAUAACAGGUGGAUGUAACAGCAUAUCGAUGAGCCACAAUGUAGCUCCAUUGGCAGAUACCAUUGAUGACAACGUGUUGAUGGCAGGUGAAUGUGACAGUGGAAAGAUGGGUCAGAAUGUAGCUCCACUGAAGAUGUCACCGUUCGACACUCACGAAUGCUUCGUGGAAGGCGUGCACGCAGUUGUCCAGAGGAUGGCUCGUUAUUCCUCUGAGCCGGUAUUCUACUACCAGUUCACAUUUGUCGGCCCUCUCAGCGUAUUCCCUGAAGGACCAGGUUUUCUGAGUACCGGCGAUGAGGUGGUCCCUGGGAACAUGGGUCUUAAGGACCAGACAGAGGCUCUGCGUUGGGUACAGAGGAACAUAGCGGCGUUUGGUGGAGAUCCAGAUAGAGUAACCAUCUUCGGACAAAGUGCUGGAGGGGCAUCUAUUCAUUACCACAUCCUGUCUCCCAUGAGCAAAGGUCUUUACAAGAAUGCUAUAGCAAUGAGUGGGUCAGCACUAAAUCCGUGGGCAUUUUCUAGGAAUGCAACAGACAGAGCAAUACGGUUUGCUCAACAUUUAGGAUACACAGGGAAAACUUCUAACGACCUACUAAAGUUCCUAAAAGAUGUGGACGCAUACACACUCGUGUUGGACGAAAAGACUGCUCUUUCGGAAGAGGAUAGCAAGAGUUUGUUCCAAUGUGUGUGGGUACCAAGUGCCGAGCCGGAACACGAUGGAGCGUUUCUGACCGAACAGCCUUGGAAACUUGUGUCUGAGGGGCGCUACAAUCUGGUACCUUUCAUGGCUGGCGACACGGAUCUGGAGCGUGUUGCACACACACAGCCUGGAGGACAAUUAUCAACAGAAGCAGCAAUAAAGAAUCUCAACGAAAACUUUGAUGAAAUAGUGGGGAACGAUCUACGACUUCCGACAAAGGAGGAACAACAGGAAGGUGCUGAAUCAAUUAAAAAAUGGUACUACAACGGCAGCGACAUCACGCUGAAGGACAACUACACCACCGCUCUGCAAUCCAACGCCACAGAAGACUUCCAUUUUGACGGAGACCUGGAAGGAGUACGAUGA